GGGAGCAAAGCGGGGCAAGUUUGGGCCCCCGAAGGAUCAACAGCUUUCAAGUGUCUCAUCUCGGCCAGGUUCUGUGCAGCCCUCCUGAGCAACAUCUCUGAUUGCGAUGAGACCUUCAACUACUGGGAGCCGACACACUACCUCAUUUAUGGGAAGGGGUUUCAGACGUGGGAAUACUCCCCAGCCUAUGCCAUCCGCUCCUAUGCUUACCUGUGGCUCCAUGCCUUACCAGCCUGGUUCCAUGCUCGGGUCCUGCAAACCAACAAGGUCCUUAUCUUCUAUUUCCUCCGAUGCUUCCUGGCCUUCCUGAGCUGCAUUUGUGAACUCUACUUCUACAAGGCUGUGUGCAAGAAGUUUGGGCUGCAUGUGAGCAGGCUGAUGUUGGCCUUCCUGGUGCUCAGCACGGGGAUGUUCUGUGCUUCUGCAGCUUUCCUGCCCAGCAGUUUCUGCAUGUACACCACGGUGGUUGCCAUGACUGGCUGGUACAUGGACAAGACCUCUGUGGCCGUGCUGGGGGUGGCUGCUGGAGCCCUCCUGGGCUGGCCCUUCAGCGCAGCUCUGGGGCUUCCUAUUGCCUUUGACUUGCUGAUACUGAAGCAGAGGUGGAAGAGUUUCCUCAACUGGUGUGUGGUGUCAUUGAUCCUGUUUUUGGUGCCCUUGGUAGUGGUGGACAGCUAUUACUAUGGGAAGCUGGUGGUUGCACCUCUCAACAUUGUUUUAUACAAUGUCUUCACCCCUCACGGGCCUGAUCUCUAUGGUACAGAACCCUGGUCCUUCUACUUCAUCAAUGGCUUUCUGAAUUUCAACGUGGCUUUUAUUCUGGCACUGCUGGUGCUGCCACUGACCUGUCUCAUGGAGUGUCUGCUGCAGAAGUUCCAUGUUCAGAACCUGGGCCGUCCCUACUGGCUGACCCUGGCUCCCAUGUACAUCUGGAUCCUGAUUUUCUUCAGCCAGCCCCACAAGGAGGAGAGGUUUCUCUUCCCCAUCUAUCCCCUCAUCUGUCUCUCUGGUGCUGUGGCUCUCUCUGCUCUCCAGCGGUACCGCCUGGAGCACUACACGGUGUCCUCCAACUGGCUGGCCCUGGGCACCGUCUUCCUCUUUGGCCUUUUGUCCCUGUCCCGCUCUGUUGCCUUAUUCAGAGGCUACCACGGGCCCCUGGACCUGUACCCAGAGUUCCACAGGAUUGCCACUGACCCCAGCAUCCACACAGUGCCAGAGGGGAGGCCAGUCAACGUGUGUGUGGGGAAGGAGUGGCACAGAUUUCCAAGCAGCUUCCUGCUGCCAGAGAAUUGGCAGCUCCAGUUCAUCCUGUCGGAAUUCAGGGGCCAGUUACCCAAACCCUUUGCCAAGGGCCCCCUGGCCACGAGGAUCAUUCCCAGUGACAUGAACGACCAGAACAAGGAGGAGCCAUCUCGAUACAUUGACAUUUCCAAAUGCCACUACCUGGUGGACUUGGAUACAGCAACUGAGACCCCCAGGGAGCCCAGGUAUUCCUCCAACAAAGAAGAGUGGGUGACCAUUGCCUACAAGCCAUUCCUUGAUGCUUCCAGGUCCUCGAGGCUGCUGCGAGCAUUCUACAUCCCCCUCCUCUCUGAGCAGUACACGUGGUACUCAAACUACACCAUCCUGAAAUCCAGGAGGUCCAGGCAAAGCAGGAAAAAGAUGGGAGGCUAGAACACACCUGGGCAGCCAAACCAAAAGCAUCUGCUGACACUCUUGGACAGCUGCCCAGGCCAUCUCCAGUUCCCUUUUUGAAAGACUGGGCUCCUGAGAACUCUCUGGCAAAGACCUGCCCCGGGGUGCUUUGGCUCUGCAGCUCCAGCCAGGGGGAAGGUGCAUCCUCUGCUCUCAGUUCCCACUGUCAGGGCUCUGCUCUGCCCACAGUUGGUAAGAAGCCAUUUGAAAAUCCAGCAGCCACCCGUGGAUGUGUUGUCCCUGCUGCUCCCUGGGUUGCACUGGAAAAGAGAAAAAUGGAAAAUAAAAAGGAAUAAUGACAGGAUGAGGCUCUGCUCCAGGUUUGCAGUCUGGCACUGGGAAAACCUCAGCUUCUCUCUGUCUCUCUCCUGCCCACCCCUCCAGUGUCCCUCCUCUGCUCCAGCAGUGCUUUCAGUCACCUAGGGAAUUUUUUUCAGGUAACAGUGUUUAGGAAUUUUCCUUUUUCUUAAAAACAAAAAGUGGUGGGGAAGAGGAAGAACCUGCCUGACAGUGAACUGAGAUGCACUGAGUCUCAAGGAAUCGUGCACCACAGAGAAACAGCCUGAAGUUGCUCUGUCCAGGAGACACUUUCAAGGAUAAACCUGUGCUUUUGGGAGAAAAAAAACCCCCAAACUUAGGAACUGAGACAAUUAUCUAUUUAAUGGGAUCAGAGUGUUUGUGUUAUCUGUGAAACCAAGUGUUUGUUUGCUAUUUAUAAUAAUUUUUUCAAGAUACCUGUAACAUCCUUUCAAUUCUAGACUACAGCAUCUUAAAAAUUCUGAGAUCCUCCAGAGAGGAGAAGGAUUAAUUUAUAUAUAUAAUUUUUUUUGCAGUUCUGUUUCCCAGAAUAGACAGUGUGUGUUACAUGGGUCUCAUGUGCUUCAGAGCCAUGUUGUGAUUGUUAUGUCUCCAUUUUCAAACUUGCAGUGUCCCAGGCUGGAUGAAGGGGAUUGUUUUCACUCGCAUCCCUGGAAUUUUUGGGGAUGGGGUGGCAUGAGAGGGAGUUCUGCCCAAGCUCUGGGGUUAAACUGGUGUGUGUGUGUGCAGUGCCAGAGCAGGGAUUUAGGUGCUGGGGAAGUGUUUGGAUGCAAAGAGAAAAGCAGGAGCCUCUGAGAACACAGGUGUUGGUCCAGGAGCAAAGCUCAGUGCUGGACAGGACUCAUGGGCAGGGGGGGAAGGACAGGCUGGGAUCCAACACAGCACUGCUGGGACCAAACAGGAGGAGCUGGAUGAGGAGCAAGGCCUGGGUUCAGUCUGGAAGAGGCUCUGAAUGCCCUGCAUUGCCUUGAGGAGGUUUUUUGGGGGCAUUGUGCUCUGCUAAAAGCAGUCUACAAACAUGAGAUGGUCACAGCACGGAAAUGCAGCUCCCUCCCAUUGCACCCCCCUGGAUGCAGGAGCAGUUUGGAGCUGAGGCUCCACAUUCCAGCUUAGAAGACUUAGGGAACUGUGUGUGGCAUCUCAGCCUGGACCAUCUUCAGGGAAAUGUCCCCCUGUGCAAACAUCACCCUCCAUCGGUGUCAGAUGUGGAGCUCUGAGGUUUUCAGCCCACAAACUGGUGUUUGGGGUGAGCUGGUCUGGGGGGUCAGAGCCAGGGUGACAUCAGUGUUGUGGUGUCUGUGUCCAGGUCUCCCCCCAGCUCUGCCCCUCAGAGGAGUUCACACAGGGCUCUCCACAGCCAGCAAAUCAAAACCAAAACUCUCACCCUGCUUGUUGCCUCUUCCCUCGCUAAUCCCCGACCUUAAAUCAAAUAAAGAAACAAAUCCCCGACCUUAAAUCAAAUAAAGAAACAAAUGCAGUUGAAGGACUGGUUGCACCUCUCUCUGGUGCUGUUUGUGUGACUGUUCCAUGUUGUCAUAGCUCAUAACCACAUGUUUAAUGUGAAAAGACAGUGCAGUAAAUAUCCAUUUUAAAUGA